GAAGCAAAACAGAGAAUAGAUCACACAUAGAAUGGAGAAUGGCUGAUGUGUGAGAAAUAAAAUGCUUUAGUCCAGUGGCAGAACAUCUGAAUUGAGUGCAGAAGGUUCUCCCAGCUUUGGUUUCCAGCAUUUCCAGUUAGGAUUCUAUACUACUCUGUUCUGCCUUAGUCAGGCCACACCUGGAAUACUGGGUCCAGUUCUGGGUACCACAAUUUAAGAAGGAUGUUGACAAGCUGGAAUGUGUGCAGAGGAGGACAACCAAGAUGAUCAAAGGUCUGGAAACCAAGCCUUAUGAGGAACGGUUGAAGGAGCUGGGUAAGUUUAGCCUGGAAAAGAGGAGAAGACUGAGAGGAAGAAUUAUAGCCAUCUUCAAAUAUCUUAAGGGCUGUCACAUGGAAGAUGGAGCAAGCUUGUUUUCUUCUGCUUUGGAGGGUAGUACAUUUCUGAGCACAAUUCAAAAUGUUGGUGUUGACAUUUAAAGCUCUAAACGGCCUUGGCCCAGUAUACCUGAAGGAGUGUCUCCACCCCAUCAUUCAGCCCGGAUGCUGAGGUCCAGCGCCGAGGGCCUUCUGGUGGUUCCCUCGCUGCGAGAAGCAAAGCUACAGGGAACCAGGCAGAGGGCCUUCUCGGUAGUGGUGCCCGCCCUGUGGAACGCCCUCCCACCAGAUGUCAAAGAGAUAAACAACUACCUGACAUUUAGAAGACAUCUGAAGGCAGCCCUGUUCAGGGAAGUUUUUAAUGUGUGACAUUUUAAUGUAUUUUUAAUCUUUGUUGGAAGCCACCCACAGUGGCUGGAGAGGCCCGGCCACAUGGGCGGGGUACAAAUAAUAAAUUAUUAUUAUUAUUAUUAUUAUUAUUAUUAUUAUUAUAGUAGGACUUGAACCAAUGGAUUCCUGGCAGUAAGAGCUGCUCGUGGAACAAACUCCCACGAGAGGUGGUGGACUCUCCUUCAUGGGAGGUUUUUAAGCAGAGGUUGGAUGUACCACUGCAAAAGAGGUCCCUGUCUGAAACCCCGGAAAGCCACUUUCAAUCAAUGCUGACCAUAUUGAGCCAAUGGACUGACUCGAUAUAUAAGGCAGCUUUGGAUAUUUCUGAAGUUGAUUUGAGCAUUUGCUACUGAUGCGAAGGCCCUUGUUGAGAGCUGAGCUGGGCUUCCUUCUGGGCAGCUGCAAUAAUGCUUCCUCAUUCUAAUAUAAGCACAACUCAGUUUGUUUAACAUUUGCAAGGGCAGCCGCACAAGCUGUGGGGCUGGGAGGUGUUUGUUUGGCUUGUGACUCAGAGAGACAGAGAGGCUGGGUUUGGCAAUGGAUUUAACCUUCUAUUUCACUGGAUUUGUGGCUUAGUCAUAAAGUUGUCCAGCCCCUCCCUUCUCCCUCGCUUUACUCUCCCACUCUCAGAUAACUGUGCUCCGUUUGGCAACAACUGCCAAGGAAGAAAGACACCUGCAGGGCCUUUGCAUAGGAGACUCCAGACUGAGGGGACGGAACAGCAAGGACCCAGAAAAGCAGGUAGAAUUCUGGGUGGUUGGGCAAAAUAAUGUUUGGCACAUGGCUCUAUGCCAGUUCAAACUUACUGAUUUCCCCUGGGUGCUCUCUGCUUUAAUCUAAGGGCAUUGAUCCCCACAUGCAUGUGAUAUUUGACAGCAUUUUGCUUUUGAGGCAAUAUCAGUUCUCCAUUUCGAUGUCUGAUCCGCGAUUGGCUGUUUCUCACAUGCAAGGUAUGGUCUGUGGCUGCGGGCGCUGAGCACGGCAAAGGGUUUGCCAACCUUUCAACCAGCCUGUGUUGCUGCGCCACGAUUUGCAGCGGAGGGAUAACAUUUAUCUAUGUGCUGAGGAUAUGUUCACCUGCUGACUCCUGCCUAACAAGCUGCUAUUAAGAGCAGGGCUGCACAGGGACCGGUUUGAACUCAGUUCACGGAGGGCUCAAGAGAGUUGCCACAUGAUCUGGAAAAAGAACCCUGCCUGCUUCUAUGCCUUUAACAGCAACUUGGCAAACAUCGUCACCGGCUGAUGUCCACAGAUCAAGCUAACAGCUUAGGAGCCUUUAGGCUACAGCAGCGGUGGACAACCUGUGACCCAUGAGCCUAAUUUCAUGGGACUUUUCCAUACAGGUAGCCCUGAGGAGGAAAAUUAAGAUCAUCACCACCUUUUCCAUCUCUCUCUCCCCCCUACCCUCUAUUUGAGAUCUUUAAAAGGGAGCAAAGGGAGAACCCAGCGCAGAAUGAUGUUUUUAUCUUAAGAGAGACUUUGAGAGAAUGUGUGGAAUGGCUUUCACCCCACCUCCAACACCGGCAUGUGCCCCCAAGGGCAUUCAGACCUUGAAGGCGGGGGGGGGGGGAGGAUGGGACAAGGUUGCCCAUUCCUGGACUCCUGCAUUUUUUACAGGUCCAACCUCUGUUGCUGAGGCUUCAGAACUUGUUUUUGUCUGAAUGAAAGUCCUGUAAAAGUCAAAAGAAGGGACACAGGUGGUGCUGUGGUCUAAACCACUGAGCCUCUUGAGCUUGCCAAUCAGAAGGUUGGCGGUUCGAAUCCCCGUGACGGGGUGAGCUCCCGUUGCUCAGUCCCAGCUCCUGCCAACCUAGCAGUUCGAAAGCACGCCAAAAAGUGCAAGUAGAUAAAUAGGUACCGCUCCGGCGGGAAGGUAAAUGGCAUUUCUGUGAGCUGCUUUGGUUUCGGUGUUCCAUUGCGCCAGACGCAACUUAGUCAAGCUGGCCACAUGACCCAGAAAAACUGUCUACGGACAAACGCCAGCUCCCUCGGUCUGUAAAGCGAGAUGAGCGCCGCAACCCCAGAGUCACCUGCGACUGGACCUAACGGUCAGGGGUCCUUUACCUUUACCUUUUUACCUUUAAAAGUCAAAAGCAAGGAACGCUCCCCUCAGAAGCAGAACAGCUGUGCUACUUUGAGCAAAAGCCAGAAGAGAUUUAUUUAAACUUGUGUAACUGUAAAUGAUAGAUGUCCUUUGCUCCAUUUCCCCCCUAAACUACUGUGAAUAAUCUUCAUGUUUUGAAGAUCGCUUAGUCUCUCAGAUGUAAGGAUUGCUGCUGUUGAACAUUAUUAGUGCCUUCCUUUCCCACAGCCUUUUGGUGUCCCUGAGGCAAGGCCGGCCGGCUGGCUUAUAAGGCUUAGUGAGGCAAUUGCCUCAGGUGGCAGGCCGGGGACAGCAGGGAGGAGGAGAGGGCCACCUGCCACAUCCUGCGCUUGGUGUGCCAGUGUGGUGUAGUGGUUAAGAGCGGUAGUCUCGUAAUCUGGUGAACCGGGUUCGCGUCUCCACUCCUCCACAUGCAGCUGCUGGGUGACCUUGGGCUAGUCACACUUCUCUGAAGUCUCUCAGCCCCACUCACCUCACAGAGUGUUUGUUGUGGGGGAGGAAGGGAAAGGAGAAUGUUAGCUCCUUUGAGACUCCUUAGGGUAGUGAUAAAGUGGGAUAUCAAAUCCAAACUCCUCUUCUUCUUCUUCUUCGCACCUGCACCCGCCGCCUCCUCUGCUGCCGCCACCCCCAGCACUGACCCCCAUCACCGCCAGCUCCUCUCCAGCCUUCUUUCUUCUCUCUGACACCGUCAGCACGCCAGGACCUCCCCAGGUUACCUCCAGUCGCCACAGGUCACAGUGGAUAAGGAGGUGGAAGGGCGGGGGACACCUUUUUCUGUUUUGCCUCAAGCGGCAAAAUGUCAUGGGCUGGCCCUGCCCUGGGGCUUCUGCUUUAUUUCUUAGCUACAGAGCAACCUUAUUAUCAAUAAGGAGGAGGCUGUAGCUUUUCUGGGCUAUAGUUGAGUUGCUCCUCAAGUGAAAAUUCCUGUUCUCUCCUCCCCACCCCACUUCCUCCCUCUGUGAAUGCAUUUGCACAUAACAGGUUGUUUAAAAAUGGUGUGUGUGUGUGUGUGUGUGUGUGUGUGUGUGUGCGUGCAUGUGUGUGUGUGUGUUUUAUGCGAUCUGUAAGCCACUCCUUUUUUUCCUGUUACUGUAAAGUAUUGCAUUAUUAGAAAACAUUCCAUUUGCUGAAGCAGGCAUAUCCCUCGUGUGCUACGAAAUACAUCUGUAAAAGGACAAUAACUGCAGCAGGCCAGGAGGGUUCUCUUUUUAUUGGAUUCUUUCAUAAUGAACAAUGGGCGUUAAAUCCAUUCCACUGUGAAAAGGUCCCUCUGCCAUAGGAGAAGCCCCAGGACCCAGCGGAACAGAGCCAUGCUGUAUACACAACCCCACUGGUGUUUGCAACACAGCUAAGAUUGUUGCCAGGCCUCCUUGAGGUGGACAGAGGCUCCUAAGCCUUUGACAAAGCGAUGAGAAAUCAACAGACAAUGCGUUUGACAGGAAGCAUGAUGGUCCAGUGCUAUAAGAAGAUAUACAAAGCUUAAAGGUAAAGGUAAAGGGACCGCUGACCACUAGGUCCAGUCGUGACUGACUCUGGGGUUGCGGCGCUCGUCUCGCUUUAUUGACCGAGGGAGCCGGCGUACAACUUCUGUGGCCAGCAUGACUAAGCCGCUUCUGGCGAACCAGAGCAGCGCACAGAAACGCUGUUUACCUUCCCACCGGAGCGGUACCUAUUUAUCUACUUGCACUUUGAUGUGCUUUCGAACUGCUAGGUUGGCAGGAGCAGGGACCGAGCAACAGGAGCUCACCCCGUUGUGCGGAUUCAAACCACCGACCUUCUGAUUGGCAAGUCCUAGGCUCUGUGGUUUAACCCACAGCGCCACCCGCGUCCCUGCAUAUCUUACUUACCAUAACUUACUUACCAAAGCUUACUCCAUAUCAAAUCUUCCAUACAGCUGCAAUAGGAAGGAAGCCUCUAAAGCAGCCUUUCUCAACCUGUGGGACCCCAGAUGUUGUUGAACUACAACUCCCAUCACCAUCAAACAACAUCUGACAACAUCUGGGGACCCAUCAAACAACAUCUGGGGACCCACAGGUUGAAAACUGCUGCUCUAAAGGAACAUGAUCUCUCAUGCUGAGUCAGACCAUUGAUCCAUCUAGCCAAAUAUUGUCUUCCCCAGCCCUGUGUCUUCCAGAUGUUUCCCACUACAAUUCCCAUAAUCCCCCACAUCAUUGGUUAUGCUGACUGGGGCAGAUGGAAGUUGUAAUCCGACAACCUCUAGUAAGCACCAGGUUGAGGUAGGCUUGUCUAUUCUGACUGCCCCCAAGGACAUAAUAAGAGACCUGCUAGAUUGGGGCAAACAUCCUGUGGCCAGCUAGAUUCUUACAGGAAGCUCCCAACUACAGCUUGGGUGCAAAAGCUCUCUGCUGCUGUUCUUCACCAGGGACAUGAUUUCAGAAGAUCCUGGGUGGUAAUGUGUAGACAUUGUGAUGACUAGGAGGCAUAGCCUUAUCGUCUGUGAAUUUGUCUGAUCCUUCUUUAAAGCUGUUUGAAUUGUUGCCCAUCACCACCUUUUAUAGCAGAAAAUUCCACAGUGAGACUUUGCAUUGCACAAAGAGGUAUUCCUCUUGCCUGCUCUGAAUCUUCUACCAUGAGGUGUGGUGUAGUGGUUAAGAGCGGUAAUCUCGUAAUCUGGGGAACCAGGUUCGCGUCUCCACUCCUCCACAUGCAGCUGCUGGGUGACCUUGGGCCAGUCACACUUCUUUGAAGUCUCUCAGCCCCACUCACCUCACAGAGUGUUUGUUGUGGGGGAGGAAGGGAAAGGAGAAUGUUAGCCGCUUUGAGACUCCUUAAAGGGAGUGAAAGGCGGGAUAUCAAAUCCAAACUCUUCUUCUUCUUCAUUCCACUUCGCUGGGUUCCUGGUACGGGUCUUUCCCAUCAACAUGGUACCUAAGCAUUUGCUGCUGGUGAACUUGGAUUUAAACCACAGGAACUGGACAUUUCCCCCUUCCUUUAUUACUCAUUUGAGGUUUAGCUUUGCUAAGCUGGUAUGGCCAUGCCUUGGCUCCACUGUUCUGCAAGCACCUCUCCUAAUUAAUGGCUGUUCAGCCAGCUUCAAAGAGAUUCCAGGAUAGCUGUUCCUUGUUUGAAGAGCCCCGUUAGCUUAAUUGACUGUCCUUGGGCUUUGGGUGAGGGGAACCACAACUGAUGUGAAAGCCAAAGGCAUCCCAUUAAAAUCCUGAUGGGAGGUUGGAUUUCUGUAGGAAAUUGGCUUACAUCUUGCAUCCUGAAAAAAUUAAAUCACCAAUUUAAACUGGGCACUUGAGAUAAGUAGCUGUUAGUGGAUGACACUUGCACCAUCCAAUCCCUCAUACUAUUUUUUAAAUAAUAAUAAUAGUAAUAGUUAUAGUAGUAGUAAUAAUAAUAAUAAUAAUAUCAUCAAUGGAGUUUAAAAUAAAGGAAAACUUUGUCUUCUUGUUUGGGGGCCUGCUGUCUAUAUGGACCAUUUAUGUGCUGUGUCUGUGAUGGAGGAAAGACUGUGAGCUUAAUAGACCAGCAGAUGAAGAACAUAAAUCUUUCCUCAUUUUGAGUUGCUCCAGCUCCUUGACCAUUUUGAUUGCUGUUUAUGGGAACAUUUCUAGCCCUUUGUUAGGUGAGGCAACCAGGACUGUACACAAUACAGUGGUACCUCCGGUUGCGGGCAGGAUCCGUUCCAGAGCUCCAGUCGGAUCCCGAGGUUUCCGCAACCAGUGGGACUGCUUCUGCACAUGCGUAGAGUGCUUCUGCGCAUGUGCGUGGGGCGAAACCCGGGAAAAAUACUUCCAGGUUUGCCGCAUACGUAUCCCGAAGGAUACGUAACCAGAGGUGAACAGAACUAGAGGUACCACUGUACUCCAAAACUGGCUGUGCCAUACAUACCAAUCAUGAUAUUGGAAUCUGUCCUUUUCACAGCAGCUAGUAUCUAAAUACUCUUAGAUUCUGACAGUGUGGCGCAGGUUUAGGUGCCUGUUACUUAUUCUUGCCUCUUAUCUCUGUUUGUAUCUGUUCCAAAUAACUAGGCGGCUGCGAUAUGAUACCUAAGAGAAAUGAUUUGUGCGCUGGGAUAUACCAGCUUUGACUCAUGUCUCAUCCAUGAAUCUCCUAGAUGGUUUUAGUCAAGGUGGGAGGGACACAACUCCUAGGAUAUAGUCCAAGGCAGGGAUGUGGAACCUGUGGUCCUUCAGAGGCUGUUGGACUACAACUCCCAUCAGCCUCAGCCAUCAUUGCUGAUGUACAAGGAUAAUGGCUGUUGUAGUUUCACCACAUAUGAAGGGCCACAAGUUUUCCACUCCUGAUCUAAGCAUAUGUUAUGUAGUGGGGUCUCCUAACCACCCUUAACAAACAAAAGUUCCCAAGUUUGUUGGAGAAAGCCAUGACUGCCUAAAGUUGCAUGGUGUUGCUUUAGCUAAAUAGUGCAGAUGGAUAAUAAAUUAUUUGACUGAACGCUGUUAAAUUAAAGCACCAUUAUUCACUGGUUCCUAACAUUCCAGCAUCCUUGUUUGGACAAGGUAAGUGCCCCGGACUUGUGGUCAGUAAGGCUGCAUUUAAUUUUGGCCCCAGUUCCUUGAGUGCCUGUUUACCAAAGAUAACCAUGAAUUUGUCGUAAUUCAGCCGGACAUCCUGGGAAACCACUCACUGCACUGUACUCUCGGGAGAUUGUUAUCAGCUUCCUGAGUGGCAGGGCCCCUGGAAUGGACAAAGGAAAAGGUGUGCGUGUGGGGAAAGUGCCUGCAACACAGGGGGCACCUGCCUCCCAGAAUCAGCACCAAAAGAAAAAACGAUUAGCGUUCUUUCCUUGCUUACAGCCUCAUGCAGACUGGUGGUGUUCCUUCUUCUGGAAUCCCCUGCCCUACCCGUCUAGUGCAGUUGUCCCUAAUUGGGGGUCCGUGGACCCCGAGGAAUUCUGCGUAACCCACCCAGGAAAUCUGGGGCACCAUUCAGAUAACAAAACCUACCCCAGAGAUAUCAAAAUGUUCAAAAGGUGAGGGAUCCAUGGCUUGGCAUUUGAAAAACAGGGGGUCCGCAGUACUUAGCCAACUGGGAACCACUGGUCUAGUGUACUGGUCUAUGCUUAAACCUGGAGCAUUCUGGAAUCCUUGUUUGGAUCAAGGCAUGGGUCUCCCAUUGAAUAUUGCACUCUGGUUAUUGCCUGGGUUAUUGGUAAGUCGACUGAGUGUUGUUAGAAGCUCUAGGUCUCAGUUGUGUGGUAUGUUAAAAUAGUUACAGUCCAUUGGUAUUGAUUUGUGGGGGAUAAAGCUAUCGGCUUCCAGCACAUAUAAAAACAUAAAAUGUCAAGCAGAGGCUGUGUUCUGCCUCUGCUGUCAUGGGCAGUAUUCCUUUGGAUACCAGGUUGCUGGGAAUCACGAGUGAGGGGAGAAGCUGUUGCUUUCAGGUCUGAUUUAGGACUUCUCAUAGACAUCUGGUUGGCCACUGUAAGUACAGGGUGCUGGAACAGAUAGUCCAAUGGCCUGAUCCAGCUGGCCUUUUCUUACAUUCUUCUUAGUAAGUAGCAGCAGCAGCACCUGUUCUUGGUGGAAGCCUGAGAACACCUCUAACGCUCUCUUACAGCAGGAAGGAACUAAAUAUAUGCUGGUAGAGGGUUCAGUGGAAGAGAGGAAGAGUGUGUGCUUUAGCUGUGUUAGAUCCCAGAUUCUUUCUCUGGCAGAUCUAGUUAAAUGGUCUCGGGUAGGAGGGAAUCGUAGAAUCAAAGAGGAAUCCUAGAAUUGCAGAGUUGGAAGGGAUCACCAGGGUCUAAGCCCUGCAAUGUAGGAAUCUUUUGCCCAACCCACAACCAUGAAAUUCAGAGUCCUCAUACUCUACCGACAGAGCUGUUCGGCAGCUAGAGGGCUAGGAGAGACUAAGGUUAACCACACACCAAAUCUAGGCUAGAAAAAAGUGCCAGCAAUUCCUUAGAGCGGGUUUCAAAGGCAAUGGGUUGAAUUCAACGCUAAUCUGGCUCAGAGCAGAUUCAUUGAAGUUAUGGGGCAUGACUAAUUUAGGUUCAUUGUUUCAGUGGGUAGAGAACUCUGAGUAAACUGCAGAGUAGUCCAUGCAACAGGUAAUUAAAUUGUGGGACAGGCUCUCAUAGAAGGCAGUGGUUGCCACCAACUUGGAUGGCUUUAAAACAGGAGUAGUCAGACUCAUGGACACUAUGGUGGUCAAUGGUUACUAGCCAAGAUGGAAGCUAUGUUCUGCCUUCCAUGGUUGGAGGCACUAAUGUUUCUGUAGCUCAGUUGCUGGGAACCACACGAAAGGAGAGUGCGCUUGUGCUCAGGUCCUGCAUGAGGUUUCCCACAGGCAUCUGGGUGGCUACUGUGACAACAAAACAUUGGACGAGACGGGCCACUGGCCUCAGGCUCUACUUUUGCUUUUAGGCUAACUUAGUUGGAGACAACCCAAUGCUCCUCUGACGUCUUCACCGGGUGUUGCAGCCAUUGACUCUUGAAGCUCAUGCUCAAACUAACACGGCAUGGUAAUUUGCAGCUUAGCACGAUUUGGUGAGGAUGGAAGGUCUCAAUAUUGGGAACAGAGAACUGGUGGCCCUCCAGAUGUUGCUGGACUCCAACUCCCAUCAGCCCCAGCCAGCAUGGCCAAUGCCCAGGGGUGAUGAGAGCAGCAGUCGCAACCCAACAACGUCCGGAGUGCCACAGGCUUCCCAUCCCAUAAUGGCAACGAACGGUUGCAGGAAAAUAAAGGGCUGCUAGGUAGAAAUUAAGUGUUGUCUUCCAAAUUAAUUCCAUGGGAUACUUAGGUCUUAUAUCUAAGAUCCCGAAAUCCUCUCUUUCUAGAGCAGGAGUGGGGAAACUAUUACAGGCUGAGGGCUGUAUCCGCAUCUGGGCAGCCUACUAAGGGCCACAUGCCAGGGGCAGACAGAGCCAGAGGCAUGAGUGUGUGAAGCGGGGGAUGUAAAUUUUGCCUAGUUUCUGUACACACAACACAAACACAUCCUUCUCUAAUUUAUUUUUAUUUAAAAGCAUUUAUUAACUGUGUUAACAUUUAACAAGUCCCUAUGCUCCCUAUUAGGGACACAGGUGGUGAUGUUCGUUAAACAGAGCCUAGGACUUGCCGAUCAGAAGGUCGGCAGUUCGAAUCCCCGCAAUGGGGUGAGCUCCUGUUGCUCGGUCCCUGCUCCUGCCAACCUAGCAGUUUGAAAGCACGUCAAAGUGCAAGUAGAUAAAUAGGUACCACUCUGGCGGGAAGGUAAACGGCAUUUCCAUGCACUGCUCUGGUUCGCCAGAAGUGGCUCAGUCAUGCUGGCCACAUGACCCGGAAGCUGUACACCGGCUCCCUCAGCCAAUAAAGCGAGAUGAGCACCGCAACCCCAGAGUCGGCCACGAAUGGACCUAAUGGUCAGGGGUCCCUUUACCUUUACCUUAUGCUCCCUAUUAUUGAACAGAGCUCUAAUAACUCUAAUAACAGAGCUCAGGGAUGCAUUCCAGCCAAGCCAAAGGACUCAAGGGGGAUCUGAAGCAGUGCUGGUGAGAGGCGUGGUUGAAAAGGGGGUGUGGCCGAGAAGGGUGUGUGUCCUGGGGAAUGUUCUGAGAGUCGGACAACGUCUUAAAGGGGACCACAUCUGACCCCUUGUCCCGAGGUCCCCCACCCAUGUAAUCAAGAUUCAGGUGUUUUUUUCUUUUAGAAGGAAGACAGAGAAGUACAAGCAAAACCUGUUUCUCCAGAACAUAAUAGCAGAACAAACAAAAGGGUGGAUGCAUCAAGGAACGAUGUCUCUAUCAAAUUACCUUCUUUAAAUGCUAAAAAAAGAGAAAAAAUUGGCUCCAGCUCAUCUUUAUGCAGUGUUUCUUUUGCUUAAUGGGAAGUAGAUAGUAGAGAAUCCAUCCUGUUUCAGCCUGUCAUUCCAACAAUGGGGGGACCUGAGCACAGGAUAAUUUUCCUAUUCAUUCCUAUUAAUAGGUGGCUGUUUUUGAAGCCAGCAGCCGACAUUGCAUUUUUAAUCUCCAUCCUGAGCACAACAGCUAUAAUAGUUUUCAAGCAAACAUAUAUUUUCCUAUUCAGCAAAAAGGCAGCGAGCCAAACAUUCAUCCCCAGGAAAUGUACAUAGUUGCAUUGGCUUGCACAUUAGAGAUAUGGCCCAUUAAUUUUAUUUCUGGAUGUACAUAAUUGGAAUAAGAUGAAUUGAUACUUGCAUUUAGGUAUGUGCUUAUCCAUUGUGUGCACAUAUAUAUUAAGAUAUAUCUUAGGGCGUAAUUCUGUUAUUCCAAAUCAGGCAUGCUCAAGACUCUGGGAAAGGGCACACUAAUAUGAAAAAAAAACUCAUUUAUACGCCAUGAGAUAAAUUAAGUAAAAAACCGAAAGCAUCAUAAAAAAAACAGAGUAAAGCAUAAUGCAAUGCUCUGUGUGUGUUUCCUUUUUGAGUUUAAGGUAGUUCUGCUGUGCUUCUACACUGCAGUUGAAAUCCUAUCAUGUGCACAUUUACCUGGAAGUAAGCCCCACUGAACAGUCUAUGUGCAUUUUUACUUCUGAAUGAAAAUGCAUGGGCUUGUAUUGUAAUGUGUUCAGUAUGUAUGUCAAUUUCAGUUUCUCAUUUUCCUAACGUUAAGUUCAGCUUUCAAGAUUUCAACAUUUUUUUAAAAAAAGUCCUCGUGAAAAUUCAUCCGCGUUUUCGUGUGAAUUUUUCCUACUAUAUACAUUUGUGUGUGCAGUUUUGCUUAAUAUAAUGCGUUCCUGCAAAACAAUUCCCCCUAGUACAAUGUGGGGUUUUUUAUGUUAUCUUCGCUAAUAUAAGGUUUUCAGCAGGCAUCUUGUGAGAGCACCUGCCUAAUGUUAGUAGGCAGAGAGAUUCAUAGCUCACUAAAAGACACAAAUGCAGAAUGAACAUUAUGUGGCACCUGUAAAAGUGCAAGGUCCACAGUUGAAAGUAGCCAAACUGGUCCCAAGCCAUGAAGAGCUUUAUAUGUAAGAAUGUAAGUUCCAACAAAUUCCUCCAUUGCCUCGCUGACAUUUUCAUUUCUCAGAAGGUGGAAGAAGCCACAAGGAGAUCAUCAACUUGGGCCUGGUCCUCACCAACAGGGAGGAACUCAUUGACAAAUUAGAAGCACUGGAAACUUGGGAGGAAGUGAUCAUGUCCUCCUGGGUUUCAUGGUACAGAAGCAAGGGAAAGCUGGAUGUAGUUAGAAAUGCACUAUGGACUUUAUGAAGGCUGAUUUCAAAACAUUUAAGGAACUACUGGGGGAGAUCCCACCGUCAGAAAUACUCAAUAAGAAGGAAGUCCAAGAUGGACGGAAGUUUCUUACAGAUGAAAUAUUAAAGGCACAAUUGCAGACAAUUUAUUCAAGACAGAAAAGUGGAAGGCAUCUAAAGAAACCAGUAUGGUUGCAUAAGGAGCUUACAGUUGCGCUAUAAUUUAAGAAGGACAUGUGUAAGAAAUGGAAGAAAGGGGAAAUCACAAAGAAGGAAUAUACACCAGUAGCCAACAGUUGCAGGGUGAAUGUCAGGCAAGCCAGAGCUCAGAGUGGGCUCAGGCUUGCAAGAAAGGUUAAAAUUAAUUUUAAGAAAGGUUUAUUUGGCUACUUUCGAAGCAAGAGCAAGAACAAGGAAGUGGAAGGUCCUCUGUGUGGAAAAGAUGGAGAAAUGCUAUCGGGUAACAGAGAGGAGGCAGAACUGCUCAACACCUACUUUGCUUCUGUCUUCACCGAAAAGGAAGACAAUGCCCAACCUGGUGAUGACAGAAUAAAUGGUGUAAAGAGGGAGCCCAAGACAGGAAAAUAAUGAAUUCAGAUCUCCAGGGCCUGGUGACCAGCCUGCACCCAAGGGUACUAAAGGAGCUUGUGGAUGUAAAUCUCAGAGCCUCUGUCUAUAAUCUUUGAGAAAUCUUGGCGGACAGGUGAGGUUCCUGAAGACUAAAGGUAAAGGGACCCCUGACCAUUAGGUCCAGUUGUGACCAACUCUGUUUACUGGCUGAGGGAGCCGGCGUACAGCUUCUGGGUCAUGUGGCCAGCAUGACUAAGCCACUUCUGGCGAACGAGAGCAGUGCACGGAAAGUUUACCUUCCCGCUGGAGUGGUAUCUUUUAUCUACUUGCACUUUGACGUGCUUUCAAACUGCUAGGUUGGCAGGAGCAAGGACCGAACAACGGGAGCUCACCCUGUCACGGGGAUUCGAACCAUCAACCUUCUGAUCGGCAAGUCCUAGGCUCUGUGGUUUAACCCACAGCACCACCCGCGUCCCUUUCCUGAAGACUGGAGGCGGGUAAAUGUCCCCAUCUUCAAAAAGGGCAGUGGGAGAUCCAGGUAGCUACCAACCAGUGAGCUUGACAUAAAUACCAGGAAAGGUCCUAGAACAGAUAAUUAAACAGUCCGUCUGUAACCACUAAGAAAAGAAGUGCAGUUGCCAGGCAGAGAUAUAUGAGGCAAGGUGUAAACUUGUGGAAUUCCUUCCCUCAGGAAGCUUGGCUGACUCCCUGGUUUUUUGCCUUCAGGGGAGCACUGAAGACAUUACUCUGUCCCCAGGCUUUUGGCUUGUUUUAAUUACUGCUUUCCCACUGCUCUUGUGCAAUGCAUAAUUUUAAACAUCUGCCUUUAACCACUAACUAUUUAUCAUCAUAUAUUACUGCACAAAUUGUUUUAAAUUGUUCUGACCUGCCUCGGAGCCACCUGGCUGUCAAAAGGCAGGGCAGACAUUUCAAAAACGAAAAGAUAAAAUAAAACAAAAAGCAAUAAAGGUAUGUCUGAGUUGUACCAUUUCAGACUGCAGUUUCACAUGUUUAGUGUUUCCUAUGCCUCUGCCUAACACUAAACUCCUCCUCAAGGAAAAUUAACGCCGGCUUUAAAAAAUUGUGAUUUCUCCCUGAUGCGCUCAUUUUACGUGUGUGUGUGUGUGUGUGUGUGGAGAGAGAGAGAGAGAGAGAGAGAGAGAGAGAGAGAGAGAAUCAGUGCUAUGUUUCUAGAAAAAUAGAUGCCAGAACUCACCAUGAACAUGUUCCUUGUUUUCUUCAAAUGGCAAUGGCGCCCACCUGAGAGGUGCCAGAACUGAGUUCCGGACGGGGGGAGCCUUGUAUAUACAGUGGUACCUCAGGUUACAUACACUUCAGUUUAUAUACGCUUCAGGUUACAGACUCCACUAACCUAGAAAUAGUGCUUCAGGUUAAGAACUUUGCUUCAGGAUGAGAACAGAAAUCGGGCUCCGGCAGUGCAGCAGCAGCAGGAGGCCCCAUUAGCUAAAGUGGUCUUCAGGUUAAGAACAGUUUCAGGUUAUGAAUGGACCUCUGGAACGAAUUAAGUACUUAACCCGAGGUACCACUGUAUCAUGGAGAACCAUUCAGGCCUUCACGUUGCCAAAUUAUACUUAUGCAUCACUAAACAAGAAGGUGCAAGUUUGCAGAGAAUUAGCAUGUGCCGAUAUCUAUGUUGAGGUGCACUUUUAGAAAUAAUUACUAUAAUUUAAAUAGAAGCGAAGCUCAUCUUGCCGUAGCUGGGAAGACUGUGACCAGGAGACCCUCUUUGCCUACUCAGUCUGCUGCUCAGGUUGUCGCCGUCGAUUGACAACUUCAAGACGCUGCCUGUCUCCCCCGUCAGGUUCUUUAUGCGACCAAAUUUGGAACAUUGAGUGCAUUUCUGGCCGCUUCACCUCAAAAAGGAUAUUGCAGAGUUCAAAGGGGCUCAGGAAAGGACCAAAAAAAAAUUAUUGAAGGGAUGGGGUGGCUCUCCUAUGAAGAAAGGUUGGGGUGUUUAGGACUAGUGAGGGGGGGGACAGGAGCGAGAGGCUACAUGAUAGAAGUUUAUAAAGUUAUGCAUGGCAUAGAGAAAGUGGAUAGAGAUAAGUUUUUCUCUUCUUUCCUUGGAUGGAAAGAGGUUGGAUUGCCAGAAUGGCAGAUCAGGUUUAUGGACUAUACCGAAAUGGCAAAAUUAACUGGCAAGCUCAGGAACCAAGAAGACAAGAAAUUUUUAAAAAAGAAAGAAUUGGAAAUGUUUAUACAGUGGUACCUUGGGUUACAUACGCUUCAGGUUACAUAUGCUUCAGGUUACAUACGCUUCAGGUUACAGACUCCGCUAACCCAGAAAUAUUACCUUGGGUUAAGAACUUUGCUUCAGGAUGAGAACAGAAAUCGUGCUCCGGUGGGGCGGCGGCAGCAGGAGGCCCCAUUAGCUAAAGUGGUGCUUCAGGUUAAGAACAGUUUCAGGUUAAGUACAGACCUCUGGAACAAAUUAAGUACUUAACCUGAGGUAGCACUGUAAUGUAUAUACAAAAUUAUUGUAAACAUUAGCAGGGUUUUAAAUGCACUUGUAAUGUACUAGAAAUUACAGAUAACUUAGGAAGAUGAAAAUUUUGGGGAAGUACUGAUAGGCAGGUGAAAACAGUAGUAAGAGGACCCAUCAAUGGGAUGAGGGGAAGUCAGGAGGUUCAGAGCAAUCUCAAUACAUGAAUGUGCAAGACAUGUGGAUGGAACUUUAUCACUUUUUUCUUCAUUUCUUUCUCUUUCUCUUUUUUCUUUUUUCUAUCUAUCAUCUAUCUAUCUAUCUCUCUAUCUAUCUAUCUAUCUAUCAUCUAUCUAUCUAUCAUCUAUCUAUCUAUCAUCUCUCUCUCUCUCUCUCUCUCUCUCUCUCUCUCUCUCUAUAUAUAUAUAUAUGAAAGAAGUUGGAUAGGCAUCUGCCAUGGAUGAUUUAGUCAAGAUUCCCUCUACGAUUCUAUGAUUCAUAACACUAGAACCCGUUGACAUCCAAUGAAGCUGUGUGUUGGAAGAUUCAAGGCGCCGCGCACAGUUCAAUGAUGGAAAAGUGCUCCCCUAGUGAUGGCUGCCAACUUGGAUGGCUUUAAAAAGAGGGCUAGAGAUGAGGAUGAGGAUGAGAUGAGAUCAUCAUCAGCCAUUUGCCACCACUGUUGGAUUUUGAUCGGGGCAGUGGGUGGGGAGUGUGCGCCACUCCUCUGAUCAAAUGUGCAGCCCCUCAAAGCUAAAUUUUAAUUUCCACAGCGGUGUGGAGACAAGUCGCAGGUCUCCAGCAUCAUGUUUGAUUUGGCCCCAAGCCAUGGACUUUGGAUCUUUGCACAUUCCUAAGCAGGAAGCAAGGAAACAGAAAGACUCUUCUACCUAUUGUGUGAAUGCCAAACCCAAGCCUUCCAUGACAACGUUUUCAGUGCUUUGUUUGUUCAAGGGAUUUGCAUGUGGUAUGAACUGCCUGGGAGGAAAAAGAAGAAUAUACCCGCAUAGGUAAUUCUUUUUUUCAAAACUGAAUUCUAUCUUAGGUAGAACUGGAAACUGUAAUCAGGAUCUGACUUCUACAGUAUUAAACUAGUUUCUUAAUUUUUUAAAAAUGCUAAUAAUCAGAUAAUAAAUGUGUAUCAGUAUUCGGUCUGUUAUGUACAUUUAAAGCAGUAUCAUGCCACCUCAAACACACAUGGAUUCCCCCAAACAAUUCUGGGUGCUCUGCAAAUGUUUUGGAGUGUAUUUCUGCCAUCUCUGGCCAUUGUUCAUGAUGCUUUGGGCUAAUGGGAUGUUGUGGUCCAAAACAUCAGUGCAGCGCUAGAUUGGGAAAGGCUGGUUUUUGCCUGUUAGUCUCUGCAACACUAAGCUUGUAUGGAAUGGAUGCAAUGAAGACCACCCAGCUGUGCGAAAGAAGCAUUGUACAGUGGUACCUCGGGUUAAGAACUUAAUUCGUUCUGGAGGUCCGUUCUUAACCUGAAAGUGUUCUUAACAGCACGAUUUCUGUUCUCAUCCUGCAGCAAAGUUCUUAACCCGAGGUACUAUUACUGGGUUAGCAGAGUCUGCAACCUGAAGCGUACGUAACCUGAGGUACCACUGUACUACUGUUUGUACCUUUGCAGAAGAAUAUGGGGCAGCUACAGAGAUACCAUUAUGGGGCACAGGUGGCGCUGUGGUCUAAACUACUGAGCCUAGGGCUUGACUAUCCAAAGGUCGGCAGUUCGAACCCCUGCGAUGGGGUGAGCUCCCGUUGCUCAGUCCCUGCUCCUGCCUCGUAUUAUUUUUUUUUUCCAUGUAACAUUUUUACAAAUCCAUUUCAUUUGUUGAGGCAUUAGGGGGAGAAGAGAAAAAAAAGAAGAAAGAAAGGGGGGGUGGAGAGAGGGAAGAUGGAUAGGGGUGGGGUCGGGUGGCGGUGUUUCUAUUAUGUUUAAUGUAUGUAGAGUUUGGUGUCAGCGUUGCUUGUGUUGUUCACUUGUGUUCCUUUGGUGGUGAGAGAGGUUGGGGUUGGCCUAGGGUGUGAUUGUUUGCUUGUGAUUGGCUGUGGUGAUCUUUGUUUUCAUGUGUGAGUGGGGUGGGUGGGUGUUUUGGAUCAGGUUAGCCAUAUUGAUUUGUAUGCUGUUGGUGGAUUAUUGUCAUUGUCCUGUUGGGCUGUGUAUGUGAUAAAGGGGAGUCUUCUUCUGUUUGUCCCCGUGUCAGUUUCAGUUUAUUAGUUAAUUUUUCUAGUAGGGCUGUUUCCCAUACUAUUUGGUACCAUUGGUCCAUGCUUACUCCUGACAGGUCUCUCCAGUGUCUGGUUAUGGUGUUUCUGGCUGCUGAGAGCAGGUGGGUUAUGAGUUCUUUGUGGUGUAAAUGGGCAUUGUUGUCUUGGAAGAUGUUUAGUAGGGCCAAUUCUGGGGUGAUGUCUAUUACUUGCUUAGUUAUUUCACAUAUUUCUUGUAUGGCUGUUGUCCAGAAUAGUUGGAUUUUGGGAUACUCCCACCACAUGUGGAGGUAUGUGCCUGUGGAGGUGCACACUCUCCAGCAUUUUGGUGAGGUUCCUGGGUGUAUUAGCGCUAGUUUCCUUGGUGUUAGGUACCACCUGUAGGUGAGUUUCAGUGUGAGUUCUUUUCUUUUCGUUGAUAUGGAUUUAAAGGGGGGUUUAGACCACAUUCUGGUCCAUUAAGUGGGGUUAAUCUCAUAGCCUAUGUCAUUCUCCCAUUGUUUUUUGAUUGCGUCUAGGGGAUUUGCGGGAUUAUGGAGUAGUAUUUUGUAUAUUGCGGAUACCGUUUCCCUUUGUUGUUAGGAGGAGGUUUUCGAAGGUUGUCAGGGGCCUAGUUGCUGCUGAUUUUACUGUUGGGUUGUUUAAGAGGGCAUGUAGUUGGUGUUGUGUUAACCAGGGCAUUUGGGUGUCUUCUAGUUUGUCUUGUAUUUCUUGUGUUGACAAGGGUUUGUUAUUUUUAUAAAAGUCUAUUAGGCGAUAUAAGCCUUUGGUUUGCCAGGUUUUUAUCUGGAGGUUUUGUGCUGCAUGGUGGAAUAAUGAGUGGUACGCCAGGGGGAUUAGUGGGGAUGGGGUUGGGGAUAGUUUGCCUAUUUGUGUUUUCCAUGCUUUGAGCAUGGUCUGUGUGUACCUGUUAAGCGUUGUGGGAAUUUUCUUUAGUUUGUUUGGGAGGAGUGGGUAUGUUGUGGUGCAGGUGUUUUCAAUUGUGUCCCUCUCUAGGUGUACCCAUUGUUUUGUCUCAUCUUCUAGUAUAUAUGGGAUUAUAUGGCGUAUUUGGUUGGCAUUGUAAUAUGCUUCUAUGUUGGGAAUCCCCAUCCUCCUUCUGAGGUGGGGAGGUGCAGGUAUUUGGGGCUUAUUCUUGGUUUUUAUGUGAGAAGAUGAAAGAGUGUAGUUUUCUCUGCCAACUGCGAAGUUGGGUUGAGGGGAUCCAGAUUGGGAGGGUUUGGAAUAGGUAGGUUAGUUUUGGGAGUGUGAUCAUUUUGAUCAUGGCUAUUUUGUCUGAGAGAGUGAAGUUCAUGUUAUUCCAUCUCUUUAGGUCUUUGUUAAUUUGUCGCCACAGGGGCUUGUAGUUGUGGAGGUACAAUUUAUUGAGGUUUCUGGUUAUUUGUACCCCUAGGUAUCUGAACUUGGUGUGGCAAAGUUUUAUUUUGGUGACCUUCGUGAGUUCUUUUUGGGUGUGAGGAGGGGUGUUGAAGCACAUAGCUUCUGACUUUGUAAAAUUUACCUGUAGGCCCGACACCAUUGCAAAUGUGUUGAGUUCUCUGAUUAGGGAGGUUGCUGUGCUUAUGGGGUCUGGUGUUGUGACCAUUAGGUCAUCUGCAAAGAGCCCUAAUUUAUAGGUUCUGCCUUUUAUUUCCACUCCCUUGAUGUCUGUGGCUGCUCGGAUGCGGAUUGCUAGGGGUUCCAGAGCCAGGAUAAAUAAGAAGGGAGACAGUGGGCAUCCUUGUUUCGUGCCUCUUUGGAUAGCUAUAGUGUUAGAAUCCAUAUUGUUAGUUCUGCAUUUUGCUGAGGCUUGGGAGUAUAUUUGUUUGAGGAUUUGUAGGAAGUUGGGGCCGAAUUUCAUGUUAGUUAGUACUGCUAGUAUGUAUUUCCACUCCAAGCAAUCAAAGGCUUUGAGGAUGUCUAGGGACAUAAUUGUCAAUGGGAGUUUGGUUGCCUUGCUGUGUUCGAUCAGGUUCAGUAGUUUCCUGAUGGGAUCUGUUAUAUUGCGGCCAGGGACAAAGCCAGUCUGGUCUGGGGCUAUUAACUUGUGUAGGAAGAUUUUUAGGCGGUUGGCCAAGAUUGAUGUGAAUAUCUUGUAGUCUUGGUUUAUUAAUGAGAUUGGGCGGUAUGAUUCUACUUUGAGGCUGUCUUUUAGUGGUUUUGGGAUGGAGACUAUUUUGGAGUGGGUCCAGGUUUUGGGGAUGGGGCCCCCCUUUUAUGAUGUCAUUGAAUAGGCGGGUCAUGUAGGGCAUCAAGGGUUCUUUGAAUUUCUUAUAGAAUUCUGCUGUGAAGCCGUCUGGGCCUGGGGCUUUGUGUGGUUUCAGGUUUUUGAGGACCGCAUCUAUUUCCUCUGGGGUGAUAGGACUGUCCAUGAAUUCCUGUUCCUCAUCAGUUAGGGUAGGCAUGGUCAGUCCCUGCUCCUGCCAACCUAGCAGUUCGAAAGCACGUCAAAGUGCAAGUAGAUAAAUAGGUACCGCUCCGGCGGGAGUUAAACGGCGUUUCUGUGUGCUGCUCUGGUUCGCCAGAAGCGGCUUAGUCAUGCUGGCCACAUGACCCGGAAGCUGUACACCAGCUCCCUCGGUCUAUAGAGCGAGAUGAGCACACAACCCCAAAGUCGUCUGCGACUGGACCAUAUAGUCAGGGGUCCCUUUACCUUUACAGAGAUACCUUUAGGACCAAAAUAAUAGGUGCAGUUACCCCCCAAAACUAUCACCUCCCCACCAGCAAGAUUCACGCAUAAGAGCACUCUCCCUCCCUGUGGUUUCCAGAAACCGGUACAGUGGUCCCUCGAGUUACAAACGCCUCAGGUUACAAACGCUUCAUGUUACAAACUCUGCUAACCUGGAAGAGUUACCUCAAGUUGAGAACUUUGCCCCAGGAUGAGAAUGGAAAUUGUGUGCCGGCGGCACAGCGGCAGCAAGAGGCCCCAUUAGCAAAAGCACGCCUCUAGUUAAGAACAGUUUCAGGUUAAGAACGGACCUCUGGAAUGAAUUAAGUUUGUAACUAGAGGUACCACUGUCUUCACAAUCAUUGUUGCCUCCAACUGGAGGGCCUUCCCAGUAGUGGCGCCUUCCCUGUGGAACGCCCUCCCAUCAGAUGUCAAGGAAAUAAACAACUAUUUGACUUUUAAAAGACAUCUGAAGGGAGCCCUGUUUAGGGAAGUUUUUAAUGUUUGAUGCUUUAUUGGGUUCAGUUGGGAGCUGCCCAGAGUGGCUGGGGAAACCCAGCCAGAUGGGCGGGGUAUGAAUAAAUUAUUAUUAUUAUUAUUAUUAUUAUUAUUAUUAUUAUUAGGAGGCAGAGCACAGGUGCCAUGGCUAGUAGCUAUUGAUAGCUUUAUCCUUGCCUAAUCCUCUUUUGAAGCCAUCCAAGUAAGUGGCUAUCCCUGCAGGAGGGAGUUCCAUAGAUUAACUAUGUUCUGCAUAAAGGGUGUCUGUGUCCUGAAUCCUACACCAUUCACAUUAGAUGUCUACAAGUUCCGGUGCUGUAAAAGAAGGAGAACAACUUUUACAGGCAGUGACCAUUUCAGGCACAUCUGAUGGGUGCGCAACCGCACACAUGCACGUUGCGCUGAACCCGGAAGUGGCCCAACAAUGUCACAGAAAAGGGUGGGGCAGGGGCAGAAUGGGGCGUUUGCAGGCUUUUUCAAUGGUGUUUAAGAUACAGUGGUACCUCGGGUUAAGUACUUAAUUCGUUCCGGAGGUCCGUUCUUAACCUGAAACUGUUCUUAACCUGAAGCACCACUUUAGCUAAUGGGGCCUCCUCCUGCUGCUGCUGCGCCGCCAGAGCACGAUUUCUGUUCUCAUCCUGAAGCAAAGUUCUUAACCUGAGGUAAUAUUUGUGGGUUAGCGGAGUCUGUAACCUGAAGCGUAUGUAACCUGAAGCGUAUGUAACCCGAGGUACCACUGUAUAUGCCAUUUCACUUAACAGUGUGGUGACUUGGAACGUAAUUGGUAGUUGCCUGUGCUUUCAUUAUGAGGUGGCCAACGACUUCUCUGCCACCUCCCCUCUCCUCACCCCCUUGCUGACUAAAAUUGUUUGCGGGAGAUUGUGAAGCUGAGAAAACAGUGGCAUCUGUUAAGACCACCUCCUAAGUUUCUGAUAGAGGUGAGCUUUCUUGAAUUGAGGGCUUCCGGAUUCUCAGCUUAGCCAUGACAACACUGUACUAAGCCCGUUGGCAACGGACGGGACGAAGACGGGCCUCGCUGUGCGAGCGGAAAACCACAUUACCGUUUGCGCCUUUGCAAGAGAAAGAGGGCAGUGAUGUGGUUUAGUGCUGGGGAGGAUUAAGUGCUGUUUGGGUCCUGUAGAGAAAAAUAGGAUCUGGAUUAGAUCGACCUUUGGAGUGAUCCAGCAGGGCUCUUCUACUGUUUUUGGGAGGAACACAAAGAGGUUUAAAGACUCUCUCAAGGCAAAGCUUUGAAAAUGUAGUAUAAACACUGACAACUGGGAAAUACUGGCCUGGGAGUACUCCAAUUGGAGAACUAAGUACGAAAGGGAGAAACGUGCUAAGAGGAAGGCUUAUGUCCCCACUGUGGAAGGACGUGUGGAUCCAGAAUUGGCCUCCACAGUACCUUAUGGACUUACUGUUAAAACUGUGUUCAUGGAAGACAAUCUUACUCAGCCACGAGUGAUCGAAGAAGAAGAAGAAGAAGAAGAAGAAGAAGAAGAAGAAGAGAGGAACACACAGCUUUCAAAGGGAAAGGGAGGAAGACCAGACAGGUUACAAAGCAGCAAGGCAAUGCAGGAUACCCUUUCUGAUGCAUUUUAAAGACAGAUUAUUUAAAAUUUUAAAAAAAAAAUUAAGGACAGCCAAGUGCUCCUGUUUUGGAAUGGUAUGAUAGCAGAGGAAAGCUCUGUUUCUGGAGAUGGCAGGAGGGGGGAAUGUAUUUCACAACUAAUGUUGAAUGUAUUUUAAUCUUUAUAUAACAUUUAUAUACCUGCAGAGAGAGGAAUUUAGCCCUCGGCUGUUUUGCAUUUAAUAAGACGUUUAAAUAAAUCAAUAAAUGAGAAACCAUGGGAUUAUGUGCAAUCUGAAUUAUUAAAAAGAACAAUAAAUAUAUAACACACACACCACACCCAGCGUGACCACAUUAUUUCGCAACCUGAGAUAGAAAAUCCCACAAGUGUCACUCCUUGGGAGUAAAAGUUCAGCAAUAAUAAAUUUAAAAUAAAAAACCUUUUGCCGUCCCUUUCAUGACCCCUCAAAACUGGCUGCCUGAGGCAGUCACCUUUGUCUAAUGUAUGGAAGUGAGAGCUGGACCAUAAAGAAGGCUGAUCGCCAAAGAAUUGAUGCUUCUGAAUUCUGGCUCUGGAGGAGACUCUUGAGAGUCCCAUGGACUGCAAGAAGAUCAAACCUAUCCAUUCUGAAGGAAAUCAGCCCUGAGUGCUCACUGGAAGGACAGAUCCUGAAGCUGAGGCUCCAAUACUUUGGCCACCUCAUGAGAAGAGAAGACUCCCAGUAAAGACCCUGAUGCUGGGAAAGAUGGAGGGCACAAGGAGAAGGGGAUGACAGAGGACGAGAUGGUUGGACAGUGUUCUUGAAGCUACCAGCAUGAGUUUGACCAAACUGCGGGAGGCAGUGGAAGACAGGAGUGCCUGGCGUGCUCUGGUCCAUGGGGUCACGAAGAGUCGGACACGACUAAAUGACUAAACAACAAGGGACGGUGCUGACCGGCUGUGAGCAGAGAUCCAACUUGGUAGGCAACCUGUUUUGAGAAGUAUGGCACUGUAGAGACAAAGGUGUGGUGCUUAGAAUGUCAGGCUAGGACUCAGGAGACCCAGGUUUGAAUCCCUGCUCAGCCAUGAAGUUCACUGGGUAACCUGGGACUACUCACUUGUUCUCAGCUUAAUGUAUCAUUCUGGAUUGUUUGAAGAUUACAGUGGAAUAGAUAAUUAUAGCUGUCACCUUGAGCUUCUAAGAGAAAGGGUGGGAAAUCAAUACAAUCAUAAUAAACUCACUUCCCCAUUGUUUGCCACUCAAGAGUCAUUCACACAGCAAAAUAAUGUCCUUCUCUCUGUCUCUGUCUCGCAAAGAUAAACAGCAACCGAAAAUCCUCUUAUUUAUAGUACUUAGCUCUAUAGCUCUCAAUUUUUCAUCUUCCCAACCUCAUCCCAUUUGUGCAUCAUUUCAUUAUUUGUUCUUUUUCAAAGUCUGCAUGAAAAUUCAUAUGUAGUUUCAUGCAAAUUUCUCCUACUACAUGCAAGUGUUAUGCGUGAUUUUGCCUAAAAUAUGCAUUCGGCGAGCAGUUAUUUCGGGGCACAUGUGUUUGUUGCAGAACUACACUGCCAAAUUUGGACAAGUGUGAAUUUCAAAGGGUUAGGUGUGUCUUUGGUUCACACAGGUUGAGGAAGUAUAAACUGCGUGAAUAUGUUUUAAAGUGCAAAGUGGCUUAAUCUUUCCCUCUCCCUGCUCUACAGCUGCUAUUUUUAUCGUUCAAUUAGAUGCCUUGUUAAAUCAAGACCACUGGCCUUUUUUUGCUUUCAACAGGUCGGCUCGCGACAUUUGACAAGCUUCUGGACAUUUUUCGUUACGUUGGAACGAAAAGAUGAGAGUGACAGGUAAGAAAAGAGGCCCUUUUUUUUCCCCUGAGGCAAAAAUGCCUCAGGACAUUUUCUUUAUAUUCUCACAUACCUCACCUUGGUGUCAGUUUCUCACCCGUUGUCAGGUACAACAUAGCAGAAAGUUCAGCAAGGAAAAUGGGGUGGGGGCAGGUAACACCAUCCCCGGGGCAACCCUACAAAUGUUGGAAGAUUUAGGACAGACAAGCAGACAAAAGACAGUGCAUAGAUAAACUAUAGAAUCUGCUCCUGCAAGAGGUAGUGAUGGUCAAUAACCUUCAUGGCUUUAAAGGAGAAUUGGACAAAUUAGCAGAGAUUCCUGCAUUGCAGAAGGUUGGACUAGAGUUGGGUCCCUUCCAACUCUAAGCUUCUAUGAUUCUUCUCGGCCCAUUAUACCUGAAGGAGCGUCUCCACCUCCAUCGUUCAGCCCGGACACUGAGGUCCAGCGCUGAGGGCCAUCUGAUGGUUCCCUCGCUGCGAGAAGCCAAGUUACAGGGAACCAGGCAGAGGGCCUUCUCGGUAGUGGCACCCGCCCUGAAGGCAGCCCUGUUUAGGGAAGCUUUUAAUGUUGAAUAAGUUAUUGUAUUUUAGUGUUUUGUUGGAAGCCACUCAGAGUGGCUGGGGAAACCCAGCCAGAUGGGCAGGGUAUAAAUAAUAAAUUAUUAUUAUUAUUAUUAUUAUUAUGGCACAUAAGAAUAACCAGGAAGGCAAUGCCAUAGUCAAGAGGCAGUAAUGCUUCCAAACAUCAGUUGCUGGAAACCACAGGAGGGAGGUGUGCUCUUGUAUUAGGCUCUGAAACACCAUCAUAAAACCAGUUGCUGGGACUCACAAGUGGGGAAAGCACUGUUCCACUCAUGGCCUGCUUGCAUGCUUUCCAUGGGCAUUGGGUUGGCCACUUUGAGAAUAAGAUGCUGGACUAGACGGGCAUUUAGCCUGAUCCAGCAGAAUUCUUAUUAUGUUCUUAUUAUGUUGAAAGCCAGCUACAUCUAACCGUGGGGACAUGCGCAGAUGGCCAGGAACAAAAACAAAACCCGCCACCCUCUAGGCAAUGCAGCCUUUAUAGCCAAGGCACCAUUUCGUUCUCCAAAGAGAUCAGCGCUCCAUCCAUUACUACAAACUUCAAAUCUCCAUCAAAGCAUCGUCUGGGCGUUGUGGUGGAUCUAAAUGCCCGUUGUUCAUAGCGUUUAGUUUUUAUAUUAUGUUGGAAGCCCAGAGUGGCUGGGGCAACCCAGUCAGAUGGGUGGGGAAUAAAUAAUAAUAAUAAUAAUAAUAAUAAUAAUAAUAAUAAUGAUGAUGAUGAUGAUGAUGCUGGCCUUGUGGACAAAGUAUCACUUCUUCUUUUUAAAAAAAACUAUUUAUGAUUUUCAAUUUUAUACAUUUCAAUAAUUUUACAAUCAUUUUAAGAUUUCAAAACUCGGCUUCCUUCCCCCUCUUUCUGCGGUUCCUUAAAUUUAUUUAUUUUUUAAUAUGUUUUCUGCAUAUUCCAAAUUAUCUUAACUUAAUCAUUUCUUCAUCUUUAGAUGUAUACGCUAAUAAACCUGCAGGUUAUUACAGUAAUCCUGCCAACGUUCUUAUCUGUUUACAAUUUGUUUGUAAAUAUUGAAUAAACCAUUUCCAUUCUUCUAAUUUUUUUUAAAAAAAUAUGUUAUCUUGAUUUCUUAUUUUUCUGGUAAGUUUUGCCAUUUCUGCGUAUUCCAAAGGUUUUUGUAACCAUUCCUUCUUUUGUCGGGAUUUCUUCUUCUUUCCAUUUUUGAGCAAAUAACAUUCUUGCCUCUGUAGCUGCAGAUGAAGUGUGACUUCUUCCCUAGUUAGGGCCCUUUACGAUUUCACAAUGGGCAAAUAUAAAUCCUUCGUUAAAUCAAACCUCCUCUGCAACAGGAAUGUGCCCCAGCAAGCUCCUCAUUGUGAGUGGUAGCUCCUUGAUUUAGUUCAUUGUCUCAACUUUUGAGACCCACCCAGAGAGUGGGAACUAGCUGGUCCAGCAGCCAAUGACUUCUGAAUGACUACCAUUUUAUGAAGACUUGCGCUGUCAUCCAGCUUUUAAGCUGGACUGAUUUGCAGACUUGGGUUGGGCUCUUUGCUUGUUUGCUCAGGAACGCGCCCGGCCUCAUCCUUCUGCCUUGCUGCCGGCAGUCUGUCCACCUGCUCUGCUCCUAGCUUCCACCUGACCCCCCAUCUCCCUUCUGACUCAGGUUUGCUGCGAAUCCUGGCCGUGGUGUUCACCUUGGCCACAACUUGGCUUUUUGUCAACACCUAUUUCAACCACACUGGCAUGAAAUCCAUCAGCCUGAGGAGCUGGCUGGGUGAGUAAGUUGUGAUUGUAACCAGAGCACUUUUCCCCCUCCUGCUGAGCUUUCCCUCCUUUACACCUGAGAGAGCAGCCAGAGGGCAAAGAUCUCUCUUGCAGCUUCCCACACCUCCAAAAUUGAAAACAGGCCCAAGAUCUUCACCUGAUAGUUCCGUGGGGUUGCCAGGUCACAACCCGAAGGAAGCACGUGUGUUGUUUCCUUUGAGAGCCACAAAGCAGAAUUCAGGUGGGAUUUUUGUCUUUGGGGCAUCACCACUUCCCAGCAGCCCCAGCCAGAGUACUGGGUUGUUGGAAGCUGUCUGUUAUGUACUGAGUUGAAUAGGAUCCAAAAUGCAGCAGUCUGAUUGGUCCUAGAACAAUAGGAUUCAGAAUGCAGCAGUCUGAUUGGUCCUGGAACAAUAGGAUCCAGAAGGCAGCAGUCUGAUUGGUCCACAGGAGCCACCCAAUCCAGCUCCAGGUGAAAGUGAAUCCGCAACCUGAUUGGCCUACAGGAGAAUCCCAGAAUUAGCCAAUCACGUGGGGCCCAUUGUGUAAAUAAUGUAUAUAAAGCAGACAUUCUGGGAGAACUUCCAUUCCUCCUCACCACUAUGAGCUGAAUAAAGAGCAUGAAAUCCAUUCUCGACUCCGAGUAUAUUUCCCUGUCCUACACAAAGCAGGCUUGUCCAUGAGGCAAGGCUGGGGCAGCUGCCGUUUCUGCUGAGCUCUUGGGAGCUCUCACUGAAAUCUCACAAGAUCUCACGCACUCUGCGAGAUCUCGCCAGAACCCGCUGUCGUCCUCAUUGCCAUACGACCCCGGUAAGGGGGAUGGCAGUGGGGCAGCACCUUCCCAUCUCACCUCAGGUGGCGAAACGGGAUGCGCCACCCUGGUCCUACCAGGUCCCAGCUAAAAUGAAUGGGGCCGGUUGCGGCUGUUCCCCUGGUCCCAUUCAUUUCAGUGUGUCUUCAAUAAGAUAAUUCCCCAGAGGAUUGUGUGUAAGGGCCGAGAACAGACAAGGGGGACAUUUGAGCCUCCGGAUAUUACUGAACUACACUUCCCAUGAUCCCUGGCCAUUGGCCAUGCUUGCAGGGGCUGAUGGGAGUUGUAGUUCAGAACACCUCGAGUGCCAAAAUUUCCCCACACCUGGCCUAGAACAAGGCUAAGCCAGCAACGGCGAACAUUAUUGUGCCAAAUUCAUGAUGAGUACACUUGAGUGUUCAAGGAAACCAGCGAGGAAGACCGGGGGAGUGGGGGCUUUUCUUUCCUCGUCACACAUUUGUUGCUACCUUGUAUAAAUAUCUGCAUGAAACAACCAAGACUUUUCAUUCUGCUUUUGUUUCCUUGCCAUCUCUGCAGGUAGCGGAGUGAAGCCAACCAGUGAGUACAUUGCCUUUGUGUUCAACUCCGUUGUAUAACCUGAUAUUUAUUAACAGUUCUCUGGAACUCAGGGUGAAGGAUGAAUAUAUACAACUGUCUCAAGACUAUGUAGAGCAGAGUACAUAACCAUAUAGAUGUCAACUUCAUGUGGAUGCCUAGCUGGACAUUGAGGACUUACAUUAAUUUAUGUAUAUGUUUAACUUCAGAUGCAUUUACUCAUAGUUACUCUGUCUGCAAUGGGAACUAAUGGUGUGUUCCACCUGACUAUUAGUAUUUUUCCUUUUUAUUUUUUUCUAAUAAUCCUCUCACCCCUUCCUUUCCUCUGCUAAAUAUGCACAUAAAAAAAUAUUUUUUUAAAAAAAAUGAUAUUAGUGCUGUGAUGCAAACUGCAGGUUGGAUUUUCUUUUUCCUUGUCAGAAAAGCACAUUGUCCGGCAUAAAUGUGGCAACCAAAGACCCUGCCCCAGCCAAAGUUUCGCCUUCAGAAUCACUAGCGGCGCAGCCAAUGUGGUCGGACCUUCCAUGUGCUUUGACGAUGUUAAGUAAGUUCUGUGCAGUGGUGCAAGCACAUUAUGCACCACCAUGUGUCCAUGCUUCAUGCAGUAGCCUGUGCUGGCCUGGGUGGCGUUAAAAGAGGGUGGGGCAAAUUCAUGGAAGAGAAGGCUGUCUUCUGCCCUCACCGUGAGAGGCAGCAUGCCAGUCUGAAUGCCAGUUGAUGGAAAUCCCAGGUGGUUUUUUUAAUGGGCACCAGACACUGUGAGAACAGGAUAGUGAGCCAGAUGGGCCUUUGGCCUGACCUCGGAUUGCCAUACGCCCAGAAUUUCCUGGGCAUAGCUGGAAUACAAGAGAGAGCCAGUGUGGUGUAGUGGUUAAGAGCGAUAGACUCAUAAUCUGGGGAACCGGGUUCGCGUCUCCGCUCCUCCACCUGCAGCUGCUGGGUGACCUUGGGCCAGUCACACUUCUCUGAAGUCUCUUAGCCCCACUCACCUCACAGAGUGUUUGUUGUGGGGGAGGAAGGGAAAGGAGAAUGUUAGCCGCUUGGAGACUUCUUCGGGUAGUGAUAAAGCGGGAUAUCAAAUCCAAACUCUUCUUCCUCUUCUUCGUAAGCUCAAUAACUUUGCCCCCCCCACACACACACAAAGCGCAAUAACUUUUGUCUCCGCAUUUUCACUUUUUGAAACAUGGCAAACCUACCUGGCCCAGCAGAGCUUUUCUUCCAGUAAUAAGAUUUUUAUUAAAGUUUCCCAUACUGCAAAAAGAUAAGAGCUACAAAAAAUACAGGUAGAACAAACAGAAGGUGGAGUCCUCUCUUAAAGGUUGUUCUUAGGCCUUGCCACCCACGGAAAGGAGGAGUUCACCUGGGAUAUUUCCUUUCUCCUCCCAGCCUCUCAUCCUAGAUGACUGACAUUUCCCCGCCUCCCACCCAGGGCUCUCCAUCAACCAUCUACUGCCCCCUUGAGUACACAAUCCAGCAGGACUUUCUGUAUAGCCCUAUAUGCCUAAUUCCCCCUCCCUUUCUUCCUCUUCUUCUUUUACAGGGUGUUAAGCAGCAUAAAAAAUAAUGUUGGUCGGGGUUUAAACAUUGCGCUUGUCAAUGGUGAGUUGUUGUUUUUUUUACAAUUCCUGGAAAUUGUAGUUUGUUAAGGGUCUGGGAUAUGUAGCUCUGUGAGGCGGGUCGCCUAACAAUUUUCAGCACCCUUAACAAACGACCCUUCCCAGGGUUCUUUGGGGGGAAACCAGGACUGUUAAAGUGGCAGAAGUGUGCUUCAACUUCCUGGUGUCGAUGUGACCUGACACUUCCUACUGUGUCAGGAACUCAGGUGUCUCUUUGGGAUACCUGUUAACUUCAGAAGUGGAAAUCGUAGUUUUGCAGGGAGGGGAGUGGUAGGGGGUCUUUAGCAGAGGAUGCUAAGCACUCCACGCAAUUGCAAUUCUCCAGAUUCUUUGAUGGAAUCCAUAAGUGGUGCAAAGCACAUUCAGAUCCUACAGACUGGACCUGUUUAGCAAUGGCACACAGCACUGCCCUUGUAGGGCUGUACCACCUCUCAAACCAUGGGGGAGAUUGCCUGCUUGAAUGUGCCUCCACAUCAGAGCCACCAUGUAGCUGGAAACCUUGACAUUGACAUUGGCUCUCUUAGAGGACCAAUAAGAGGACCAUGUCCGUUUCCUGUCCGCAAAAAGCAGCAGGUUCUAACCCUUUAGGUGUCCCCAUCCUGCCUCUGCCGGAUUCCAACUCCCAUUGGUCCCAACCAGCACAGCCAACAAUCAGGGAUGGUGGGAGUUCUAGUCCGGUGUUAUCUAAAGGGCCACCGGCACUUUAUUCCUGCUGUAAAGCAAGGGUGUUUACUAAUGACUGGUCAUCCACCAACUGUGGCGGUCCAGGCUUAAUUAGGAAACAGGGCAUUUCCCAGGGAUUCAGCCCAUCUAAAUGGCAUGCAGUGGCAUAGUGUAGCAGGGACCAGGAGGGGCAGGGGCCCCGGGCACAAAAUUCUGAGGGGAUGCAACUCAGCUCCCUCACACAGGCUCCAGCUUCCGCAGAGAUCCCUGGCCUGGCCCAGCGAGGGCGGCAGAGCAGCACAGGCCCACGAUGAGUGGGCCCAAACAGAGCAAGGUGAGCAAUGUCUAACCCCAGUGUAGCCCGGCCCACUGCUCCUCUCAGUAGGUACUGGGGGGAUUUGCCCAUCAAGGGCCACAGUGGCUGGCUGGGCUCCCCCCUGUGUAGGCAGGCAGCACAGUACAGCCCUGCUUGGCUCCGGGAGGGGGGGGCACUGCAGCAGCAGCUUGCCUGCCACGGGUGCUGACAAUCCAUGCUAUGCCACUGGCCUUCUGAUAUGGAAACCCUGUCCUCUAGCCCAAAGCAUGCCAAUAUUAUUAAUUUGAAUGACAUUUUGCAUCUUUUCAGAAGAACCCUCCUUUACACAUUUUUUUUUUUUUGAGGGGAGGGGUAGAACACAUAUUUUAAAAGCUGAAUAUAUUGAAUGUUACUUUAGCUUGAUCUGCAGGCACAUGCAGUAGGGGAAAGUCCGUAACUGUACCUGGGGAUCUCUGCAGCCUCAGCUGCCAGACAGUUGACUGAUGCUGGGAUAGGGUGGGGUUUGGUAUCCAGAAGGUGAACAAUGUUUUUGGUGUCUGGCAGCUCAGUGCGAAACCGGUUUUCAAGAAGCUCCAGUCUAGCCAACUCUUCUUGUUUGCAGUUCUCAGUUCCUGGAGCAAAAAAUAAAUAAAUAAAUCAUUCCAAACUAUUUCAUUGUCCCUUCUCACUCUGGAGCGAAUGGUUUGCGUUCCAUCCGGGUGGUCCACAAUGACGCUCCACUCCACACACCCUUUUCCAAUCUAGGCUGAUGUGGAAGUCGAGCAUUGGAACACGGAUGGAAGCAUGCCUCUCCUUUCUUGUGCAAUAAAACUGAGCCGAUCCCUUCUUCUCAUAAAAUUUAAAGAUACUGUAAGUGCUUUGACCUUGAGAAAAUGGCAUGGCAUCUGGCAGGCGCAAUGGGAAGUGGGCACCAUUCAGGUCUGAAGGAAAACGUGUCCAGUGAGCUGCAGCUAACACAAACACCCUUCUGUGUGUUACUUGGCAUUGUGUACUUUGCACAAAGGAAGCAGCAGGCAGGCCACGAGAGGCAACUGCAAAUGCUGUUAAUGUAAAGGAGAAUGUCUUUUAGACCAUCCUUUAUGGACCUUGGGUUGCCCUGGUUUGUAAUGACUUCUUUCCUGUUCAUCCAUUUACAGUGGUACCUCUGGUUAAGAACUUAAUUGGUUCUGGAGGUCUGUUCUUAACCUGAAACUGUUCUUAACCUGAGGUACCACUUUAGCUAAUGGGGCCUCCCGCUGCUGCCAUGCCGCCGGAGCACGAUUUCCGUUCUCAUCCUGAAGCAAAGUUCUUAACCUGAGGUAAUAUUUCUGGGUUAGGGGAGUCUGUAACCUGAAGCGUCUGUAACCUGAAGCGUCUGUAACCUGAAGCGUAUGUAACCUGAGGUACCACUGUAUUGAGUCUCAGCAGGCAGCUCCCCUUGAACCUGGCGAACAAUGGCUGCUUCUGGGAAGUCAAGACCCCCCGGGGCAGUCCUCCUGCUGAGAGGAUAGAGCAGGGAAACUCUGCCCUGCCCUGUGGGCCAGAUCUUUAUUGUAUUUAUUUAUUCGACAAAACGUGCAUACUGCUUGAUGGUGUUAGUGGUGAGCCCUCUGAAUGGUUUACAACAAUAUAAAAUAAAACAUGGGGAAAUUAUCAAUGAAAGUCCAGUUUAAAAACAGGUAUUUAAAGCGUUCAAAAGAUGGCUAAAACCAACAGUCGCUAAAAAGAAAUAAAACACAUGACACUUGCCCGAACAAAAAUGUUUUAAACAGGCACCAGAAAGAAUACAGCAAUGGCACUUGCCUGGUGUCCCCAGGCAGGGAGUUCUAAAGUGUGGGUGAUGCGCACUCAGAGAUGGAUUUCUUACAAAUGCAGAAGGGGCAGUAGGUGAUGCGUUUAAAGAUACCAGUUCUGCAGAUCGAAGUGGUCAAGCGGGUAUAUACUAUCCUGCAUCCUGCGGGCCCUUUGGCAACCUUGAGAGGUGGGUGGCACAACCCACCUGUCAAUCACCAGACUAGUGGAUUGCCUCGCCCACAUGUCAAAAUUCAUUGCGCAACACUUUCCAGGCGCUUGAGAACCGCAGCGUGAGAGGCUUUCCUGCUCCUGGAGCACCAAGCAGUUUGCACUAAAGGUAAAGGUAAAGGGACCCCUGACCAUUAGGUCCAGUCGUGGCCAACUCUGGGGUUGCAACUCUCAUCUCACUUUAUUGGCUGAGAGGGCCAGCAUACAGCUUCUGUAUCAUGUGGCCACCAUGACUAAGCUGCUUCUGGCAAACCAGAGCAGCGCACGUAAACACUGUUUACCUUCCUGCCAGAGCAGUACCUAUUUAUCUACUUGCACUUUGACAUGCUUUCGAACUGCUAGGUUGGCAGGAGCAGGGACCGAGCAAUGGGAGCUCACCCCAUCGCGGAGAUUCAAACCGCCAACCUUCUGAUCAGCAUGUCCUAGGCUCUGUGCUUUAACCCACAGUGCCACCCAAAACCGUUGCCAAAACAGUGGGGAGACUUGCAGGACGUCAAGCUCCUGACUAUUCCUUCAUAGUCAUAUUUGUACCUGCCCCAGGCCUGAACCCCACAUACGAUAUCAGUUGUGGGGUGGGUGGGUAUGAUUUAGGGGGAAAGGCCCAGUGGGCCAAAUGGGGAGGCAUGGUGGGCCAAGCUGCCUAGCUCAGCUGGUUAGAGCAUGGUCUGAUUGCGCCAAGGUCAUGAGUUUGAUCCACAUACAGACCCCCUGCAUUGCCCGGGCUUGGACUAGAUUACUCUUGGAGUCCCUUCAAACUCUGUGCUUCUAUGAUUCUAUUAUUCCAAGUCUGGCCGUGGGCCAGAGGUUUCCCCAACCCUGUUAUAGAGGCUAACAGGAGAGUCAUCUCAUGCAUGAGUUUCAUUUAUUUAUUGAUAUGCAGCAUUGAUGAUGGUGGUGGUGGUGGUGGUGAUUAAUUGAAUUUACCGGUAUAUACUGCCCUAUACCCGCAGGUCUGAGGGUGGAUCAUAGAAUAUAAAACCACAAAGCACAUGAUCAAAAUAAAAACAACAACCCAAUAACUCCCCCCUAAACACAUUUUGGUGGGAUGCGGGUGGUGCUGUGUGUUAAACCACGGAGCCUAGGACUUGCCGAUCAGAAGGUUGGCGGUUCGAAUCCCCGCCACGGGGUGAGCUCCCGUUGCUCGGUCCCUGCUCCUGCCAACCUAGAAGUUCGAAAGCACCUCAAAGUGCAAGUAGAUAAAUAGGUACCGCUCCGGCGGGAAGGUAAACAGCAUUUUCGUACGCUGCUCUGUUUCGCCAGAAGCGGCUUAGUCAUGCUGGCCACAUGACCCGGAAGCUGUACGCCGGCUCCCUCAGCCAAUAAAGCGAGAUGAGCGCCGCAACCCCAGAGUCGGUCACGAGUGGACCUAAUGGUCAGGGGUCCCUUGACCUUUUACUAAACACAUUUUAGAAGGGCAUAGGAUGUCAAUCAAAUCAACCAAAGGCCUGGUUGAAGAGAAAUGUUUUUGCCCGGCGCCUAACGGUAUAUAAUGAAGGUGCCAGGUGAACAUCCCUAGGGAGAGCAUUCCACAGACGGGGAGCCACUGCAGAGAAGGCCCGUUCUUGUGCUGCCACUCUCUGGACCUCCUGAGGAGGAAGCACAUGAAUGAGGGCCUCAGAAGAUGAUCUCAGGGUCCGGGUAGGUUCAUAUGGAAAGAGGCGGUCCUUGAGGUAUUGCGGUCCUGAACCGUUUAAUGCAUUAUAGGUCAACAAGUCCUCUUGACAGUUUAAUAAAGCAACACAACAGUGUGUCAAUAUCGCAUCAAACAAAAAGUAUAUUAAAGCAAUGCAACAACAGCAACAAAGACGGAACACCAAGUAGUCAGUCUAAGAAAGGUCAAAGCCUCCUGUCAAGCAGCCUGUAAACUUAAAAAAUAAAACACUACUUGCUCUUGAAGAUUGGAAUGGAGACAGAAGGUCCUUUGUUUGGUGCUUUGAGGUUGCAAAAUAUCACAGGGAACAGGGGAGGAUGAGAGCACAGUAAAGCAGUGUCUUUGAAGAUUGCCACGCUGACAUUGGCUGCGUGUGAACCAUGCAUUUAAAACACACGGCGUCCCCCAAAGAAUCCUGGGAGCACUUCGUUUACCCAGAGCUACGGUUCCCAGCACUCUUAGCAAACCAUUGUUUCCUGGAUUCUUUGGGCGAAGCUGUGACAGCCGAAGUGGUAAAGUGAACGUUAAGAGGAACGUCUAAUGCUAAGAGCAGUUCAAACAGUGGUGCGUGUUACCUUUGAGCAGUGGGAGCUCUGAGCUGUCGAGGUCAGGAAAGGCUCACCUGGUGGAGCAUAAGAACUACGACGCUUGCUUCCUGGCAGAUGUGUCUCAACUGCUUACCGGGAGGGAGAGGGUGAAGCAGUGAGGCCAAUGCAGGGCGGUUCCACUGGUGGACAUUCUGGAUUGCCUCAGCUGGUGCAUCUGCAUUGUACCGAUUACUCUGCCUCCUCACCCCUCUCCUUUCUGGUAAACAGUAGUGACACACCUGACAGGAAGCUAGUAUUAGGGCUCUGCUCUGUCAGGUGAGCCGCUUCUAAGUUCAAGAUGUGGAAGUCUUCCAUCAGAGGCUGGACAGCCAUCCGCUGGCGAUGCUCUACUUCAGCCCUUCCCAACCUUGGGUCCCCAGAUGUUGUUGGACUACAACUCCCAUCAGCCCUAGCUAGAGGGGCCAGAGGUCAGGGAUGAUGUAGUCCAACAUCAAUGUGAGACACACAGUUGCUGUAGCUUUCUUGCAUCAAGAAGCAGGUUGGAUUCGAUGUUUUCUGCAUACUAGGAUAAUCCAGAUUAAAAGUUUGUGUUUCAGAAAUCUCUCUCUCUUUUUAAAGUGCAAUAGUUAAUUGAAACCAGGGAACAUUUUAUUAUUUAUUCCACUGCUCUAAUAAGCAUGCUAUCUUCAAAGCUGUUUUUUCCAUUCCAAUAUCUAGGAAGCAGUGGACAGCUUCUCAAGACGGCUGCCUUUGACAUGUAUUCUGGAGGUAGGUCAACCACAGAGUGCCAACCACAGAGUUGACUAUAUUGACUGCAGAGUGCCAACCGGCAGAAAGAAUGGACCAGCUCUGAGUGGGUGAAAGAGCUGAAAGAAAGAAUUUGUGUCUUUCUCAUAGGAAAAGGGAAGAAAUUAGGUUCUGUUUGCGUUCAGAGGUGAAGCUUCCUCGUUUGCACUUUUUGGAAUAAUAUGCACAACGAAACACAGCCGUUCUUCCAAAUUUGCAGUGCUGAGGAUUCUGCAAUGUAGUCCUUCAGCCAAGCAAUGUGCAGCACACAUAUGCUAGGGUGUAAAGAGCAGGUGCUUGUGAAAAUAACAUACAAAAAAAUGUGCAUAUUGACUGAUGAAUCGAUGGAAGCAAAACCUAGCCUUCUCUGCACUGAAACUACCGAACUUAAAGACACCUGGGUCUCACUGGAACGUGGCAUUCCUGGCCAACUUAAGGCCUUUAUAACUGUUGCCAUCAAGCAGAGAGGAUUCUUUAAGAUGGAGAUACAGUGGUACCUCGGGUUAAGAACUUAAUUUGUUCUGGAGGUCCAUUCUUAACCUGAAACUGUUCUUAACCUAAGGUACCACUUUAGCUAAUGGUGCCUCCCACUACCACCACACCACUACCGCACGAUUUCUGUUCUCAUCCUGAAGCAAAGUUCUUAACCUGAGGUACUAUUUCUGGGUUAGUGGAGUCUGUAACCUAAAGCGUCUGUAACCUGAAGCGUCUGUAACCCGAGGUACCACUGUACCGUUUUUUCAGGUUUUCUUUUCCUUUCAGGCAGCUGAUGUGACCCAAAGCAUAGCAUAAGGACCCUUUUUGCAUGACAUAUGGUAUAUAACACACACACACACACACACACACACACACACAUAUAUAUAUAUAAUUGUUAAAGUUUGGGAGGCAGCAUGGUAUAGUGGUUAGAAUGUAGGACUAGGACUGAGGAGACACAAGUUCAUAUCUCCACUCAGCCAUGGGCCAGUUGCAGGUCUCUCAUCCCAACCAACCUUACAGGGUUGUUGGAGUCAUUAAAUGGGGCAGCAAGGAAAACCAUGGAGCCCAGUUUGAGCUCCUUGGGCGUAAUGUGGGGUAUAAAUGUGGUAAUGAUAAUGAUUCUAUGUGGGACUUCCUUUUCUUUAAGAACCUCUGAAAAAUAGUGUUCUCUCUUUCUUAAUCUGCAGUAGGUUCUGGAGUGUGUGUGUGUGUGUGUGUGUGUGUGUGUGUGUGUGUGUGUGUGUGUAUGUGUGUACUGAAUCAUCUCAGAAAGCACCAUAUAUAUGUGCAGUCCUUGUUGGUGUUACCUAUUCAAUGUCUCCUUAUUCUGCAUGUAUCUUGAGAGACCACCAGAUGGCAGGAUAAGAAAAGAGCAAGCCUCACAAUUUCUCUUUGAUUUCCCUGUUAGAUGUCAAGCAUCUCUUGGAUUUCCUGAAAGCAAUUAGCGCAGGUACCAUCGUGCUCGUAGCUUCCUAUGAUGACCCAGCAACAAAGUGAGUGAACUACCGAUGUGUGUGGCUUGGAUUUCUGGGGUCUUUGGUGUAUAACUCCUAUACUGCCAGCUGAGCUCUUCAACUGAGAGAUCCCGAUUUCCAAAUCUCCCUGCAAAUCCAUUUGAUGGCCUCAGAAAAUCACUGGCCUGUUGCUCUUCAUCUCAUCUGGAUCGGUCAUUUUGCUGCUGUUUUCCCCCCACCAUUCUUAUUUUGUCCAAAAAAAAGUCUUAGGUGUUUUAAGCUUUGUACACCUCUUUGGAUAGCGACGCGGGUGGCGCUGUGGGUUAAACCACAGAGCCUAGGACUUGCCGAUCAGAAGGUUGGCGGUUCGAAUCCCCAUGACGGGGUGAGCUCCCGUUGCUCUGUCCCUGCUCCUGCCAACCUAGCAGUUCGAAAGCACGUCAAAGUGCAAGUAGAUAAAUAGGUACCACUCCGGCGUGAAGGUAAACGGCGUUUCCAUGCGCUGCUCUGGUUCUCCAGAAGCGGCUUAGUCAUGCUAGCCACAUGUACGCCAGCUCCCUCGGCCAAUAAAGCAAGAUGAGUGCCGCAACCCCACAGUCGGUCACGACUGGACCUAAUGGUCAAGGGUCCCUUUACCUUUACACCUCUUUGGAAUUUUAAAGGGAAUGCAAGGUAUAACAAAUGAAUAAAUAUUCCCCGUCUCUCCAGGCUGAACGAUGAAGCACGGAAGUUGUUUGCUGAACUGGGAAGCAGCCACGCUAGCAAGCUGGGGUUUCGAGACAACUGGGUGUUUCUUGGAGGGAAGGGGCUCAAAAACAAAAGCCCCUUUGAGCAGGUACCUUCUUGUGAACAGCGGCUGCAAUCCGAAUAGGCACCUGUGACUAUACUGCUUGUAUGUUUAUCUUUUAAGGAUUGGUUUAUUAAGCAGACAUUUGUGAACCUUCCUUCUCUCACGACAAUCUCUGCAGAGAAGCAACCCGCACAGUACAGGAAGUGAGCUCCUUCCUUCUCCUGAUGGUCACGUGUUUUCCCAUAGGAUGCCUGCCUCUCCUUCCUGCCUGAUGCCCCGCCCCCUGACAGCAACAGAUCACUCUGGCCCAUUGAACCCAAUCUGGGGCUGUCUUUCCCUGGCUCAUCCAAUUCUUGAGUUCCUCCAAAAAUGCCCCAUUUGGCUCUCAAACUUAAUCUGUUCCAGAAGUCCAUUCCAAAACCAAAGCGUUCCAAAACCAAGGCGCGCUUUCCCAUAGAAAGUAAUGCAAAAUGGAUUAAUCCGUUCCAGACUUUUAGAAAUAACCCCCAAAACAGCCAUUUAACAUGAAUUUUACUAUCUAACCAGACCAUUGAUUCAUAAAAUGAAAGCAAUAAACAAUGUACUGCAGUCAAGCAAGCAAGCAAUCAGUAGCUGAACUGGGUUCUUCCACACAGUCACAAAAACAAAACAGAAAGAGCCACAAAAAACAAAAAUGCAAAAUAAAUAGCAAAAACAAACAGACCUCAGCAUAACACUCAAAUUGGAAGCGUAACACUCAAAACGGAGCACGUUUGGCUUCCAAAAAAAGUUUGCAAACCAGAACAUUUACUUCCAGGUUUGCAAUGUUUGGGUUCCAAGUUGUUUGAGUACCAAGGCGCUUGAGAAUCAAGGUACCACUGUAGUGGUCAUUAUAACCUCCUGCACAUCCACUGCACCAAUUUGAACAUGAGCUAUUUGUGGAGCAGAUUGGGUCAGCAGCUGCUUGAGAGAAAACCUGGUGAGAGAGAUGCGGCCAUUUGGCACCUUCUCAUUGAUGCCCCUCUGAGGUGCUGCAUUUUGGACAGGUAGCACGGCAGCCAUUUAUUCUGAAGCAGAGGGUGUUCUGAACCAUCCUCCUUCAUAUUCCAAAUGGACAAAUCAUUCUGCAUGUACACACACUGCUAAUUAUACAAGUAUUCAGUCUUCAUUCCUAUUCUGCCAUAUGUCAACCUCACUAUAACCUGGCACUGUUAAAAACUGUUCUAGGAUAUGGUGAGUAGGGAUAGGGCAGAAACUUGAUUUUGUUUGCAUUUUUAUGAGAAACUAACUAAUUCACACUUCUCGAACCUAUAUGUAAACUGAAUCACAGCUAUCCUUCAAAAUUCACCCUUCUCCGAAUUUUGCAAUGCAGCUCUCCAGUAUAUUUUUUUAUUUAAAAAAAACCUACAGAAAUGCAUUUAUUUCAGGGAAAGGGUGCAUAAAAAUGUUUGUGGAAAUAACAUAUAAAGAUGCAUCAUAUUCUGGGCAAUCAUAUAUAUAUAUAUAAAGAGAGAGAGAGAGAGAGAGAGACUACAUAUCAAAAAAAGCGUUUAUUAGGAGAACUUAGCACUAAAUGCUGGUGAAAUUUCAUGAGGAUUUCUUUUAAAUCAUAAUACUAAUCACAAAUUGACGCAGAGAUGUGAAGGACUGAAUUUAAGUUUGGAGAAACAAGAAACAGAGAGAAACCCAAACUGGCUGAUUUGCCUAUACUUAGUCACAAGUCAACUUGUGAUGCAAGGAAAAAUAUAGUGGACAUGAAGGACGGAGCCUACAGGGAGAAUGGUGGCCAAAAGCUACUCCAUUUCUCUUAAGUUAGGGUGGAAAUUACAGGGAUACAGGUUUUGGCAAUACAUUAGGAUAAGCUUCCUUAACGGUAUGAACACUUGGGCAGUUGGGCAAACUGCCUCAGGCGGUAGUUUGGAGCAGGCUGGGGAGGAUGGGGCUGGGUCACUGCAAGUGACAGUCGAGAACACAAGUCUGUUGCACAGAGCAGAGCCUACACAACUUCGCACCUCUCUUUGGCAGUUUCUAUUCCCAUAUUCCUAGAUUAAUGCUAAAUUUGACAAACAACAGCAUGGAAGUGCCCUGAAAGGGUUGGAGGGGGGAGGACUUACUUGCAUGCGGAAAGUCCCAGGUUUAACCCUCAACAUCUCCAGUUAAAGGAUCUUUUUGGGAAGCAGGAAUGAGGAAGACCUGCUCUGCCAGUGAGAAUAGAAACACAAUAGUACCUUGGUUUAAGAACAGCUUAGUUUACGAACAAAUUGGAUUAAGAACGCUGCAAACCCGGAAGUAGGUGUUUUGGUUUGUGAACUUUGCCAUGGAAGCAGAACAUGUUCCGCUUCCUGUUGAGUGUGUUCCAUUUGUAAAUUGAGUCCCCCGCUGCUAUGGGAAAGCAUGCUUUGGUUUAAGAAUGCUUUGGUUUAAGAACAGACUUCCGGAACGAAUUAAGUUCAUAAAUCAAGGUACCACUGUAUGGAGGUUGACAGACCAAUGGUUCGAUUCAGUAUAAGGCAUAGCCAUAUGUGUAGCUCUCCAGCAGUUGACAAUCAUAUGCAAAAAGCGUAAAGGAGAAUUCUUAUGUACCAAGCUCAUUGCGUAUAGUUGACGGACUCUCUCCAUUUUACUUUCCACAGCACCUAAAAAAUGAUAAGGAGAAAAACAAGUAUGACGGCUGGCCUGAGCUUCUGGAAAUGGAGGGCUGUGUACCUAAGAAGAUGGAAUGACAAUGAGCUAAAUUCAGAACAGAUACCGGUGGCCCCCAGCUGACUGACUUUUCACUUUGCCUCAGAUAUGGUGGAACCAAUUCGAACAGACUCAACCCUCUGCCCUGUGGUAUUUUGAACACAGAGUGCUCUCUGCCAUCCUUCAUUUCAGCGCAGGGCCAGCAGGAUUUCAGUGCACUGUUGUGUUGCAUUAAUAAUAGAUUCUACGGAGGUGAAGAAGUGGAUCUGUGAAAGGUAUUCAGCAAUCAGUUUAUGUAAUGUCUUUGGAAUCAGGUGGGAAGCCAGGACCCUCAAACAGCAACAGCAAACAGCUUGAGAAGAGUUGUUUGAACUGAAGACACACAUAAUAUUUACACACAAGUAUGUAUAUUUAUAGAGAGAGAGUCCUCUGCACUGUGGAUAUGCAGUGAGGCCUGUUUUGAUAUUAAGUUCUACCUCUAGGGUUGCCAUAUUCCUAAAAGUGAAAAUCCUGGCAAAGUUGUUGAGCAUUUUUAUUGGGGGGGGCGCAACAGUUGAGCUUUUGGGGGGAACAUAUCCCCCAAGAAAUAAGGUUUUGGGGCUUUUUUUGGAUCUUUAAAGCAUUAAAAAAGAACCACCCUGCUUGCCAUACAUCCGGCUUUCCCCAGACGUUUUGCAAAUUCAUAACUUGGACAUAUGUCAGCCCUAUCUACCUCUACCAUAGCAGCAAAUCAAAAGUUGGAUAGGUCUGUCAAUGCAUGGCGCCAGAAAACAGCACCCAUGGGCCCUUAGCUCACUGGCAGGGCUUCUCACUAAUGCCUGUCCCUAGCCCCCUUUUAAAACUGGUAAUCCAGUCAGUGUCAGGUGGCGGCCAUUUUGUUUUCCCAUAGUGCCCCAAAGCAGCACAACACCAGGGGCAGUGUGGGAUAUGGAAUUGGCAGCUGCCACCCAAGGAGCCAAGUGCGACUGCUGCUGCCACAGCCCGCAGCCAGGUGAGCCUUAAAAGGCACUUGGCUGAGGGCUCCCUCAAACAUGGAGCUUUUGCCCUGCCAGUCGCUGUUGCUGCUGCUGCUGCUGUCAUUUCUUUGGCUCAGAAACAAAGCACACACACCCCACACACAACGGCAUGGUCGCGCAGCUUCCACCACAGCCCCCUGGGCAUAGGUUCCUUUGUUUCAAAGCAGUGAUUUAUUUAUUUAUUAUUUAUUGAAUAUCCCACUGUUUCUCCGCAAUGAGCCCAGGGCAGCAACAGAUACACAAUUAUUAUUUUUUUAAGGAAAAUGUUUUGAAACAAUAUUAAAACACACACAAAUUACAGUUUUAAAACAUUCUAAAAGCAGUUGUGAUUAAAGACAUACUUCCACCCAAGUUGCCAGGAAGACUGUUCUUCAGACACCCAACUCCUGAGCAAACAAUUACACCAGGAAAUCGCAUCAUUAUUGGACUCUGGGUUCUCCCUGACAUUCUCUUAACAGAAUUUGCUAGAUUGAUGCAUAAUAAAAAAAAUUAUUAUUAUGUCAAAGAGAAAAAUAACUAUCAAACUUUUAGAAGACAUCUGAAGGCAGCCCUGUUUAGGGAAGCUUUUAAUAUUUAAGAGGUUAUUGUAUUUUAGUGUUUUGUUGGAAGCUGCCCAGAGUGGCUGGGGAAACCCAGCCAGAUGGGCGGGGUAUAAAUAAUAAAUAAUAAUAAUAAUAACAAACAGGAGUUUCAAAUUCAUGUUAAUAGUGAUGAAAACAGGUGUACCUCACUAGUGAGGGCAUUCCACAUCCGGGAAGCCACCACCGAAAGGGCCCUGCCAUGGGUCAGCGCCAACCAGGCAGCCUUCAAUGGCAGCACAACCAACAAGGCCUCAGUGAUACUGGGUUGUGUCCAAUGUGAGUCCCACUCAAAGCAGGCCCAAUGAAAUUAAUGUACAUUAAUAGAAAUUAAUAUAGUCUAUUAAUCUCCGUGAAUCUACUCUGAAGGUAGGACUUGUAUUAGAUACAAUACUGUGUGGGUAAGUGAGCAGGGAAGGGAGAAGGCUGUCUUAUCAGCAUUUGGUUCCCUGAUAGGCCAUAUUGCCAGAUAUUAUAUAAACAUGGGGAUCUGAGAAGACUGAGCUCUCUGUAUGGUAUGUGUGUCUUCAGUCUUCAUGUAGUUCGUUCAUUAUACGGUUAAAUCACUCCAAUUUUUGGGUUGUUGCUUAACAACAAGAGUAAGUCCUUUUUAUAAUUUUAGUUUUUCUUGUGUUUAGCGUUGCUAUGAAAUGUUUGUUCUGUUAUACCCUCCUUUCAUAAAAUCCUUCAUUUGUUUGUCUAGAUU